AUGUUAGGGUUCGGUGUAGUGGUUCUGUUUCCUUUCAUGUCCAAAGGCCAUACUAUACCCCUUCUUCACCUUGCUCGCCUCCUCCUCGACGGCGGCAGCGCGGUAACCCUCUUCACCACCCCGGAAAACCGUCCGUACAUAGUUCAGUCUCUUUCCGGCGACGAUAUUACCAUCAUAGACCUUCCAUUUCCAGGGAACAUUCCCGGAAUACCUCCCGGAAUUGAGAGCACGGAUAAACUCCCGUCCAUGUCUCUUUUCCUCUCCUUUGCCAAAGCCACGAAACUCAUGCAGCCCUACUUUGAAAGUGCACUUCAAAAAAUUCCUCAUGUCACCUGUAUCAUAUCAGAUCUGUUCCUCCAUUGGACGGUGGAAUCUGCCAUGAAAUUUGGCAUUCAACUGCUGGGAUUCGAUGGUAUGAGCAACUACGUGAAUGCAAUUAACAGAGAUGCAAGCAUCAAUGGGCUACUGUCACUACACGAGACCGCCGACGAACCCUUCACUCUCAUCAGCUUUCCAUGGAUUAAGCUCACCAGGAAUGACUUUGACUACCCGUUUAAUAAACGGGACCCGUCAGGUCCUCUAUUCGACUUCGUAAUGGAGAUGAUCAUAGCCCUGUCCAAAAGUUAUGGUCUACUGGUGAACAGUUUCUACGAGCUCGAGCCACUUUAUGCUGAGUACUGGAACCGUGAGUCUAAACCAAAAGCAUUCUGUGUCGGACCCUUCUGCAUCGCCCGACAACAAAAAAUGGAGCCCGUAUUGCACCAGGAAUGUAGGUGGAUCAAAUGGUUGGAUCAAAAACUGGCACAGAAAAAACCAGUUCUGUACGUUGCAUUCGGGUCCCAAGCAGAAAUAUCAUCAACACAGUUAACAGAAAUCGCUCGUGGCCUGGAAGAAUCGAAAGUGAGCUUCUUGUGGGUAGUGAGAAAGAAUGGAAUAGAAUUAGGUGACGAAUUUGAAGACAGGAUAAAGGAAAGAGGAAUCGUAGUAAAAGAAUGGGUUGAUCAGAAACGGAUUCUUGAACACGAAAUCGUGCAGGGAUUUCUGAGUCACUGUGGCUGGAACUCGGUGUUGGAGAGCAUAAGUGCAGAAGUUCCGAUACUGGCAUGGCCAAUGAUGGCGGAGCAACCCCUGAAUGCAAAAAUGGUAGUGGAAGAGAUUAAAAUCGGGUUACGGGUCGAAACAGUUAAUGGGUCGGGUAACAAAUUUGUGCCCGCGGAGAGCUUGAAGUAUAAAGUGAAAGAACUUAUGGAAGGCGAAAAGGGAGAUGAGGUGAGGAAGAAGGUGAAGCAAGUGGCCGAGGCAGCAAGGAACUCCAUGAUGGAGGGCGGCUCGUCUUGGCAUACAUUAAACCAACUCAUUAGAGAGAUUUAUUUGCAAAAUCAGCCAAAAAAGUAA